AUGAACAAGUUCGCCGCUGUUCUGCUGGUGGCCAGCGUGGCCUGCCUGGCCAGCGUGUCGGCCCAGUGCCCGCGCAUCGUGACCCGCGCCCAGUGGGGAGCCCGCGCCGCCUCCACCGCCCAGCUGCCGAUCCGCCCGGCCCCGUGGGUGGUGAUGCACCACACCGCCGGUGCGCACUGCACGACGGACGCCGCCUGCGCCACGCAGAUGCGCAACAUCCAGAACUUCCACAUGAACAGCAACGGAUGGGCCGACAUCGGCUACAACUUCCUGGUCGGUGAGAACGGCGCCGCCUACGAGGGUCGCGGCUGGGGUCGCCAGGGAGCCCACGCGCCCGGAUACAACGAUCGCUCGGUCGGCAUGGGAGUGAUGGGAACGUUCACCAACGGCAUCCCGAACGCCGCCGCCCGUAACGCCGCCCAGCAGCUGAUCAGCUGCGGCGUGUCGCUCGGACACAUCGCCUCCAACUACUGGCUCAUCGGACACCGUCAGGCCGUGGCCACCGCCUGCCCCGGAAACGCCUUCUUCAACGAGAUCCGUAACUGGGCGCGCUUCAACCCAAACGUCUAA